AUAAAGCACUCGUGCGCAUCAAUACAUCACAGCAUCUGCGCAGUUGACGGGUUCUAACCCGGAAGUACAUUUCCUAAACGUGCGGUUAGUCUCUGAACUAGGCAAACAGUGUUUCAGAUAUAAUACAGCAAAGCUACUUUGACAUCAUGACACUCCGUGCUUGUGGCUUUAUAAUAUUUCGCCGCCUGGCACAACGUCCUUCCCCAGACAACAUCGAGUACCUUCUCCUGCAAACCUCAUACGGAGAACACCACUGGACUCCACCCAAAGGUCAUGUUGAUCCUGGAGAGGACGACCUGACCACCGCAUGGAGAGAGACGCAGGAGGAGGCGGGUUUGGGUGAAAUGCAUCUGCGUGUGGUUGAUGGCUUUCUGCAGAGACUGCAUUAUCAAGUGCGGGGUAAGGAAAAGGAGGUCCUGUAUUGGCUGGCUGAGCUUCGUGACCCCGGCAUCAAGGUCAGACUGUCGGCUGAGCACCGAGACUACCGCUGGGUCAAGCUGGACGAGGCGUGCCGGCUUGCGAAGUACACGGAUCUGCAAGACACUCUUAAAAAAGUGCAGCACUUUUUGGAGAAGGCAGAAAAGAAACAGUGACUGCUGACUCCACAUUGUUGCACUGAUGAGAUGAAAUGUGUUUUCAGAUAUAUUGUAUAUAUUGAAUAUGUCAUAGUCAAGACUGUUUUUAAUUUGCCCUUACUAUUCUUCACAUAAAUUGUGAAUGCUUUAUGUGCUGUAACCCCUAAGAAUGUCUCAAUAACAGUGUUUUUAUGUAGUUUCAUCAUAGGUCCAAAUACUGCAGAAAUCAAAUAAAAGUAAUUCACUUUGUCAGA